AUGCCCACAGCGUCCUCUUCUUCUGCCGCCUCCUCCUCCUCGAAACCCUUUCCUUCCCUUUCUCCCUUUCCCUCUCUUUCUGCCUCUUCUGCUCUCCCGGGUUCCGAUCCCGCUCCCGCCCCCGUUCCCGUCCCCGAGUCGCCCAUCUUCGCCGACGACGCUCGAUCCUCCGCCGCACCGCUCGCUGCCUCCUCUGCUCGUCAAGGCGGCUCUGCCGGCGACGACAUCGAGAUGGAGCCCAUCGCCGGACACCGCCGGCGCAAGAGCAGCCUGAUGAACCCCGUCGGCGCUCAGGCUGGCGGCUCGGCCCACGGCCACCGCUCCCACCCGUCCAUCAGCAUCCCCCAAGAGUCCAAGAUCUUUGAAGACGGCGCCCCGCCGAGGACGGGCGAGUCGUCCAAGGACGACCCGGGCAACGAUAGCUCCAGUGACGAAGACCUCCACGAUGACGAGGAGAUGGGCCUCACGAGCAAGGAUCGCAGUCGAAAGCAAAAGAAGCGGAGGCGGAAUACGAGGCUGGACAACCGCGUUGCUCGGGAAAAGAUUUCGGCCGACGAGGCGAGGGAGGCGGACAAGCUCGUCGUGAAAGACGUAGCAGUCAUUCUCUUGUUCAUCUUGCUGUGGUACAUCUUCUCCUUGUCCAUAUCACUCUACAACAAGUGGAUGUUCGACAAAAACAACCUCAACUUCGCCUUUCCGCUCUUUACAACCUCUUUCCACAUGCUGGUGCAAUUCUUCCUCUCCGGCACCGUUCUCUACUUCAUACCAUCAUUACGGCCGCACAAUGGCCACAACUCCGACGGCGGCCGGUCGCGGCACGAGACCGAGCCAAACAGCAGCCCUCUCAUGACAAAACUCUUCUAUUUAACACGAAUCGGCCCCUGCGGUAUUUCGACGGGACUCGAUAUUGGGCUGGGCAAUGCCUCGCUCAAAUUCAUCAGCCUGACCUUCUACACAAUGUGCAAAUCGUCUUCUCUGGCGUUUGUGCUUCUCUUUGCGUUCGUCUUCCGCCUCGAGACACCGACCUGGCGCCUCGUUGCCAUCAUUGCGACCAUGACUGCUGGCGUUGUCCUCAUGGUAUUUGGCGAAGUCGAAUUCAAGCUGGGCGGCUUUUUUCUCGUCAUAUCGGCCGCCUUCUUUUCAGGAUUCCGAUGGGCGCUGACCCAAAUCCUACUGCUCCGGAAUCCCGCGACAUCGAACCCCUUCUCUAGCAUCUUCUUUCUGACUCCCGUCAUGUUUGUGACUCUCAUCUCUCUCGCCAUCCCGGUAGAGGGCGUGAGCGCCCUGUGGGAGGGACUCAAGACCCUGACCAACGAGUGGGGUGUCGUCAUGACGCCGCUCUUCCUGCUGUUUCCUGGAUGCAUCGCUUUCUGUAUGACAGCAUCCGAGUUUGCAUUGCUCCAGCGCACCUCGGUAGUCACGCUGUCCAUUGCUGGCAUCUUCAAGGAGGUCGUUACCAUUUCCGCCGCCGCCCUCGUCUUUGGCGACAAGCUCACCCUCAUCAACUUCUUCGGCCUCAUCACCACCAUAUCCGCCAUUGUCGCCUACAACUACAUCAAGAUCACCAAGAUGCGCGAGAAGGCGCAGCAGGUCGCCCACGGCCGCCACGGCGACUCCUCCCCGUCGUCGCCGACCAGCAACAGCGGACUCGACAGCGAGGGCGACGACGACAGCGCGGAGGAGACGGCCGGUCUGCUGCACGGCGGCGCCGUCUCGAGGCCGACCAUCAUCACGUCGGACGGCGACAUCCAGCCCAACUUGUCCAAGCCGACAGACGAACGCAGGGAUCACAGGUCGGAGCAUAACGAGUGA